AUCGGAACCGUGAUGCGACGGCGAAGUGAGAAAUAUAACGAAUGACGAAACUGUUACUGUUGAUUGCCGCAUAAAACAGGGAAACAUGAAUUUCCACGAUUUCGUUGGUCGACUUUUCGGGUUUUCUAAUCACAGAAGUCCCCCAAGACAAUAUCCAGUAGAUGAUGAUGAUGACGAUGAUCCCGGAGCAUUUGGUUUUUAUGGUGAUAGUGAUGAAGACCACGAUGAUAAUGACCAGAGCAUCUUUUUUGGAGAUUCCAAUCCAGACUUCUUCAGUGAAACAGAUGACAUAUUCAGACAUUUUGAAAAACACUUCCAUGAUAUGUUUAAAAAUUUUGGUUUUGCAGAAUUUCCUCCAAUGAAUCUGCCAUCAAUUGGUGGUCCUGAAAGACCUAAAGACGAUAGUGGCUCAUUAAGAGAUAAGAUGUUAAAACCAGGCGCAGAAAGAAAAGAAUACAAUCGAAAAUCAUUUGAAGACCGUCAAAGUCCACUAUAUAAAGAAUGGAAAUGGGACUGGCCAUACAGACUACCUAGAUCUCAUCCCCAUACUGACGAAAAAAGAGACAGAGAUCUGGAUAGUGAAGUCUCUUCUGGGAAUUUGAAUGAUCUUUUACCCAAUGUAAAAGAGGACAAAGUGAUUGAACCACGUAUUCCCGAAAGAAGAUCAUAUUUCCGCAGCGUUUCUGUACGCACUGUUAGGAAACCUGAUGGGACAGUAGAAGAAAGAAGAACUGUGAAAGACGAGCAUGGGAAUGUUGAGACGACAGUGACGAAAACAGAAGGUGGUGCCAGUGGAUUUCAUGUGAUAAAACCUGAAAAGCCAAAUGUGUAUGGAAGGGAUAUAAUACGAGAACCACUUAUACCAGAUGGAACAAAAUCAAUAUUUGAAAAAUUGUUUGGUUCAAGGUGACCUCGAUAUGUACCAUUGUGCUAUGUUGACAAUAUUUAAAAUCAUUUAGUAAAGUAUUUUAUAGUUCGGUUAGAAUUUGUAGUAUUGCUUUGAGUUCUGUUGUGUUCCUUGCUAUAGGAAAAUAAUAAUAAUGUACAUUGUGUCUGCAAAUAAAAAAUUAAAUUAAA